AUGGCAUUGGUCAUAUUGAACGAGACGUUUAGAAACAGCGUCACAGUGGUAGAUCGACUAUCGUAUCACCUAAUGGCUGUAAAAGUAGACACAGGAGAAGUGGAAUUGCGAGUGGUCUCUGCUUAUGCGCCACAAGUGGGCUGUAGUGAAGAGGAUCUGGAGCAGUGCCUCCAAUCCCUGGAAGGGGAAGAAGUACUUCUAAUCGGAGGAGACUUCAACGGACAUGUCGGUUCUCCGAAAGACGGCUUCGAGAAUUGUCAUGCAGUCGAAGUAAGUCCUGCCUUCGCCAAAAUGAAGUCGAACCAGGCAACUGCUCCUGAUGACAUACCUACUGAUGUCUGGAAGCUGCUAGGAGAUGGAGGGUCCGUGUGGCUCGCAACUCCAUUCAACAAGAUCGUUGCAGAAGGAUGGACUCCAGACGUUUGGCAAACUUCCGUGACCGUGCCUAUCUGGAAAGGGAAAGGAGACGUUGCUGAAUGCACUUCGUACAGGCCUGUACGACUGCUGUGCCCUACGAUAAAGUGCGGACAAAGGAUAGAAGAUGGUUCAAUUCGUGUUGAUGGCACCGAAUUAAACAAGGUGGACUGUUUCAAGUACCUUGGAUCCAAAGUGACUUCCACAGGCGACAUUGAUCAAGAAGGUCGAGCACAUGUUAAUGCGGCAUGGAUGGAAUGGAAAAUGGCAACAGGCGUACUGUGCGAUAAGAAAGUCCUCAUUGUGCGUACUGUUGCGCUUUACGGCUGCGAGUGCUAG